GUGUCUAUAGUUUCCAAUGUGAAAUUUACUGCCAACCACUGGGUCAAGAGGUAUGGCGAGCGAUGAAAAGGCAAUCGUGGUUAGUGUAAAGGCAUCAUCAUCUGCUGACAAUAGCAAUGACAAUGACAACAGUAACGGCAACCACCUGAAAGGGAUGACUGGGAUGGAAGUUGUGAAACUUGACUCUGUGGAAGACUCCGUGAAGUUCAAGCAACAGCUCUUUGCCUCCUCACCCUUCUCAAGGGCUCUCAUUUCUGUGUCUGGGAAAAGACGGGUCAUAGAUGCCGAAGGUCUGCCAGAUGGCUGGAAGGAGGUCAUUGGAUGGAGUUGGAAGGAGGGCAAGAUGCGGCUUUAUCGCCAUUUUAUGUCGCCUCACGGCGGCUGCUUUCGCUCAAGAAAAUCAGCAAAGAUGGCUGCCGAAAGAACAAACCAGUCCACCUCCCUGAAGAGAUCCGUUCCCUCGUCCGCGAGUGCUCAGCAGGAGGCCAUAAAGAAGAAGGAGAACCUUCACGGAAAAGGAAUGUCGGCGGCGCAAAUGGUAACGAGCAAGAAACCUGCUGAUAAACGAAACAGUGCUGAUGGGAGAGGAGUCGACAACCUUGCCUUAUUUGUAUGUGAGCUCUGUGGGAAAGAGUUCAGCAAUUUUGGCUCCUGGUCUGGCCAUCGGAGCAUGCACAGCAAAGAACUUGCUGAACGACGAGAAAGUGGUGCAGCUACUUCUUCUACUUCUGCCGCUCCGAAGCAAGAGCGUUUGUUCUUUUGCCUUGUUUGUGAGAAGUUGCGGUUUGAAAACGCACAAACACUUGUCACCCACCUCCGAGAAAAGCACAACUGGUCUGCAAACCGGUCAACACCGGAAGCAACAGGGAAGAAGAGAGGGACUUACUAUGGGAAUGGGAAUGGGAAUGGCACAGCAGCAGCAGGAGGAAAGGAGGGGAGGACGCUAUCUACAAGCAAGAAGUCUGCUCAACCCAACAAAGUGUGUGAGUCAAUUCGGGCCAUAAAGCAAGAGCUUGAUGCAUUUCCUAUUCAAGAGGAGGCAAGUGCACAAAGAAAUCAAGGACGUGACUCUAGCAAUCGCAAUCAGGCAGCCUGCAAUGCAGAGAAUGGAUCAAAGCCCAAAGGAGGAAAGGAGCGUGAAACGAGCGCCACGUCACAGUGCCAGAUCAGCAGUGCCACGUCACAGUGCCACGUCACAGUGCCAGAUCAGCAGUGCCACAUCAGCAGUGCCAGGUCACAAUGCCACAUCAGACUCAGUGCCACGUCAGCAGUGACGUCAGACACAGUGCCACGUAAGCAGUGCCACAUCAACAGUGCCACGUCAGACACAGUGCCACGUAGGCAGUGCCACAUCAGCAGUGCCACGUCAGACACAGUGCCAUGUAAGCAGUGCCACGUCAGACAGUGCCACGUAAGCAGUGCCACAUCAGCAGUGCCACAUCAGACAGUGCCACGUCAGCAGUGCCACGUCAGCAACAUGACGGGCCUGCCAGACCAACUGGCCAGUGAGCCCAUUGCCGACUACAAAAAGCGCGUCCAUGCUCAGCUCGCUGCAAUCGAGGCUGAGGAACAACGCCAGCUGGCAGUCAAGGCUGCCCAGCUACAGGCUGAUGAAGCUGCAACAGUAGAGAAGCUGCGGCUACAGGCCGAAGCAGACGCAGAUGCCCAGGCUCGCCGCAAGGAAGCCCAGGCUCUGCUGCAGCGGCAUGAAGCCAGCAGCAUCGAGAAACUCAAGUACUGGCAUUUUGAACCAAACGGCGACGAGCCAACACCGGAAGAGCAGCAUAGGGAGUUCAUGGCCAAGCUCGUGAGCAGGUUGGUUUACACAUGUAACGACCUACAGUCCGAGCUGGCAAACCUUCAGCGGGCCGUGCGGAAUCAGAAGACUCAGCACGAGGAUGCCACACGGGCACUGGACACCCGUGUACUGGACCUGGAACAGGCUGUACCAGGACCAGCUGCUGGGGCUUCCAGCAGUGCAUCCUCGAGCCGCCAACUGGAGGAACGCGUUGACCACGUAGUGGCAAUGCUAGGGGAUAUAAGUGUUUUCACACAGCCGGCCACCAUCAGCCAGCGGUUCGAGUUGUUGGACUCCAAGAUCAGUCAGCAACAGCAGACAGACCACAGCCACAACAACAGCUCGGCGAGGCCAUACAAGAUGCCGACGUUCCGGAUCGAGAAAUUUGAUGACUACACACAUCAAGACCCGGUCGUCUGGUGGCAAGGAUUUACAACGGAGUUGGGGAUUCACGAAGUCCCUGACCAUCUGUUCAUCAGUGCUCUGUUCAUCAACACCAAGGGAGGUUGUCAGAUCUGGCUCAACCAUAUGGCAACCAUCCACGGCGUCCAGGUGUCAGACCUAUACAAGGUGUCCUGGGAGGACAUAAUAAAGGAAUGGAAGAAGCGGUUCAUCGUCGACGACGCCCCGACACUCGCCGUCAACCACAUCUUCACGAUGGCUCAAGGGAGCACACCGACACGUGACUGGCUCACAGACUGGCAGAAAAUCGUGGCGACGCCCGAUUUGGACUUGUCAUUUCCGCAUCUGCGGCGUGAGUUCUACAACAGGUCAUGCGCCGCUCUCAGCCUCGCACUUGGUGAUCGCGAGCAGUACGAACUGGUCCGCGACAGCAGCAGUUCGCUGCAGUCCAGUCGGACAGUGGAGAUAACCUCAGCAGCCACUCCGGCAUCAAGUGAUGGAGAUCAGGUGGCUGCUGUCCAGCCGCGAAGCAACAACAAGUCCCGCAACAAUGGGAAGGCGAAAUCCGCAUCGCAGGCAGGAAAUGGACAGCCAGGACAAUUUCCAUUGGUCAAGUUUGGCUUGACCGAGGCGGAGUACAAGAUUCGCAAGGAGGAUCGCUACAAGACCGCGUUCAAGACACAUUAUGGGCAUUUCGAAUGGCUGGUCAUGCCAUUUGGCCUUACGAAUGCCCCAGCCACUUUCCAAGCGGCUAUGACAACGGAGUUCCGACACAUGCUAGAUCGGUUUGUACUCAUCUACCUCGAUGACAUCUUGGUGUAUAGUCGGAGUUUGGACGAGCAUUUGGAACACCUGCGCACCGUUUUGGAGCGGCUACGACAAGCCAAGUACAAAGCAAACCGCGACAAGUGCGAGUUCACACGACAGGAGCUAGAGUACUUGGGAAAUUAUGUGACGCCGCAAGGCAUCCGUCCGCUCGCGGACAAGAUCGAGGCCCUACAAGUAUGGCCCGAGCCCACCAACACCACGGACGUUCGUUCAUUCAUGGGGUUGGCGGGCUACUAUCAGCGAUUCAUCACCGGAUACUCCAGGAUUGCUGCACCUAUGACGAGGUUACAGUCGCCAAAGGUGCCAUUCGUAUUCGAUGAUGCCGCACGCCGGUCAUUCCAAGCACUUAAGACGACUAUGCUCAUGGCACCCGUCCUUAGCAUUUAUGACCCCACCCAGCCGACGCGAGUGACUACAGACGCUUUCGGCUAUGGCAUUGGGGCAGUCUUGGAACAGCACGACGGCGACGACUGGCACCCUGUGGAGUAUUUCAGCCACAAAGUGCCUCCCAUCAACUCGCUUGAUGAUGCAAGGAAGAAGGAGCUGCUCGCAUUCGUGAUGGCUCUCAAGCGCUGGCGGCACUUCCUCCUUGGGUGUCGUAGGUUCACAUGGGUCACAAACAACAAUCCAUUGACCUACUUCAAGACACAGGACACGGUGAGCAGCACGAUCGGACGAUGGAUGUACUUCAUCGACCAAUUUGACUUCACACCGAAACAUGUCCCCGGCCUCUCCAAUCGCGCAGCAGAUGCACUCUCGCGAAGACCUGAUCUUUGCGCUAUGUACAGUGGUAAAGCACAUUCGAAAGCUGGCAAGGGUGCAGCGGCCCAAGAAAAUGGAGAGGCUAAGGAUAUGGAAAUAAACGGAACAAGGGAAGCUGUGGGACAGUGCCUAGCUGUCGUUGUGCGGCAAGCCAAAGACCAUGGAGCAGGGGAAGAAAAUAAGGCGAACGUUGCAGUGAGACAGAGUAGGGCGGGGGGGAGACAAAAAAAGACGUACGAGUCCACACCUGAGUACCCAGGCAUCUACCUUUGUGAUGUCUGCCGCAAGAGAUUUAAUCGAUUCAGUGCAUGGAACGGACACCGAUCGAAACACAGUCGGGAAAUAGCUAAGAGAAAGGGAAACGAGGCGAACAGGUCUGCGGAAGCUGGUGACGGAUCAUGCAAGAAGCCAAAAAGGCAAGUUUGGCUCUUCUCAUGUUCCCUCUGCAAGUCUCGUUUUUCUGCUGCAAAUCUGUUGCAUGCGCACACAGAAAUUUGUGGCAGGACGCUCCUGCCAGGCGACUUCAGUCCGAGGGACCGGGUGAAUGGGAAAGGGCGAAAGAGUGUUUCGAAGAAGCCAGAUGCAUCCUGCAAGUCAAAGAAUAUGCGUCCCGUCAUUCACGGCACACCCUGUCAAGAGGGGGCGCCUUCGUGGCAGGAAAGACGGGAUAGUGAGAAAGCCAAGAUGGAUGAGGACUCGACCAAUCGGAACUGGCAACUGGUUCCCUAUGUCAGCCAGGUGCAAUGCGAAACAAGCAUGUCAAGAGAUUUGGUGCAGUGGGGACGUGCUGAAGAUGUGAAGCCGGCAGGGGAGUGGAAGGAUGCAGCCCAUGAACCACCCGAAACAGACAGAGCAAUGAGAAGGGAUGAUGACUGCCCUGAUAGGUCCACGGGAGUCAAAGGGUCUGGGGCUGCUGAGGCUGAUGUCGAAGUGAAGAUGGAACCGGAGGACACUCCAAAUAUGGAUUACAGAAAGAGGAAGGUGGGCGAGUUUGUAUGUCCAAUUUGUAUCGAGUUGUUUUCUACGGCAGCGGAAUUGGGAGAGCACAUGGGAAGUCAUCCCGUGGGAGCAUGGUCUUGUACAUUUUCUCCCCCCAAAAAGUGCAGAAAUGGAGGGGCAGGAAAGGGUUUCCCGUGCCCAGUAUGUGGCGAACCCUUUGCUACAGAGCAGGGACUCGCCCGGCACAAGGAACUGUACCAUAAUGCCGCAGUGAAGCAAAGGAUGGAUGCAUUUAUGGAGCGCAACUCGUGUGGAAAAUGCGAACUGAACUCUGCUAGCGUUGAUGACAGAGCCAAUGGACAUCAUGCUGAUUGCACUGUAAACAACCAAGAACUGGACAGGAGGGACACUGUGGAAGAUGAUAGGGAGCAAGUUUCUUCGUGGGGCACAGCUGCAGCAGUACCCUGUGAAAAGGUGGUUAGAGGAGAUGCUGAUGAUGGCUUGGGAAAUGGAGGAGCGUGCACGUUGGCGAACAGCCGAUGCGACCCCCCACCAGCGUCAAGGAAGAAUGCAAAGGAAGUGGAGUUGACACGGGUAUGGUGGAAAACUGGGGAGGUGGUCCUAGAGGAUAACGGAGCUUGUGCGAUCUGUGAGAAGAAGGCAGAUUCGCCGGCCACAGUCAUGUGUGAUCUCUGUGACCAGAAGUUCCAUAUCUCUUGCCUAGAUCCCCCGCUUCUUAAUGUCCCAGACUCUGAUUGGUCUUGUCCCAUAUGUACAGUACGAACUCCUCCAUGAUAACUUAUUAAAGCACUAGAAUGAUCGAGCCUUUGGGGAUAGGCAGGGGUAACUCAAUUUUGUGGGGCGGAGGGGAGAGGGGGUUGGGGGUUGGGGGGGGGAUAUAAAGAGGAGAGGGUGGGGGGACGGAGAAGAAGACUAGGUGAGUGACUUCAACAAACAAGGAGAAUGUCGAUUGCUUCUCAAAGGGGAUCUCUCCCUCAGAGGACUUCCGGAAAACCCCACGCUAAAGCCUUGUUAUUUCUUAACUUAAGCUUGUUUUGUUGUUAGCUUCCUUGACCGUGGGAGUGUGAUUAACAUGCAUCCGGUAAGUGAUAGCCAGGUACGAAGAAAGAGUAGGCGAUGGCAUGCUGCCCGUUACCCAUUAUCAUUCAGUCAUUUGCAGAUUGGUUCAGCAGCAGAUCCUGAAUGUGGCGCGGGACUCUUACUAGAUGUGCCGCGGGACUCUUUACUAGAUGUGCCGCACAGCAUUUCACUUGUAUGGCGUUUGCUGCCAACCCACGGGCCACGUGAGCGUUGGAACACAUUGAGGAAUCGCCACGUCUGAUCCCCAGCGGACAGCCUUCGAUUCACGUUUAUUCUUCACAAUCCUUUUCUCCUAUUUACCUGGGCCCAGCAAUUUUGGUUUCCUGUGGUGCAAUGCUUGAAGCAUCCUCUACCUCUGCUGGCCUUGAACCCAUCACCUUCUGACGCCGCGACUUCUUCUGAACAACUCGCAAUUCCAGUAAAAGGUCAACCCGAUA